AUGGCACACGCUGACCCAUUCCUCCAAGUCCAAGCGGACGUCCUCUCCACCAUCCAAUCUAGCCGCCCAUUAUUCUCCUCGUACCUCCGCAUCCGCUCCACAGCCAAAAGCCCCAACAACCCGGAACUCAGCCAAGCGCGCUCCGAACUCGAAACGACCCUCACCGACCUCAGCGCCGACCUAGAUGACCUCAUCGAAAGCGUGCGCGCCAUCGAAAGCGAUCCGUACCGCUUCGGCCUCGAACUCUCCGAGGUCCAGCGGCGGCGCAAACUAGUCGACGAUGUCGGCUCCGAGGUCGAGGCCAUGCGGCAGGAGCUGCUGAAGACGGUGUCGGCGAACCCGGAGCCGGAUCCGGCGGCGCUGCCGAAUCCCACGGAGUUCGAUGCGGCGCUGGAGGAGGAGGAGGGAGGGAGGGGGCGCGGGGAUUUCUACGCUUCGAUGGAGCUGCAGAGGCAGUCGGAGCUUAUGCAUGAGCAGGACGAGCAGCUGGAUGGGGUGUUUCGGACGGUGGGGAAUCUGAGGCAGCAGGCGAGUGAUAUGGGGAGAGAGUUGGAGGAUCAGGCGGUCAUGAUUGAUGAAGUUGAUACGUUGGCCGAUCGGGUUGGGGGGAAGUUGACGAAUGGGAUGGCCAGGAUAAGGCAUAUUGUGAGGAAGAAUGAAGAUACAUGGUCCUCCUUCUGCAUCGCGGCGCUGAUAUUUGCGCUCGUUAUUUUAUUAAUUCUCGUUAUCGUCCUGUGA